ACCGCAGGCUUCGACAUUGCCAUCACAAAAAGAGAAAAGAAGGUUUGAGUUUCUCGGUCUGUUGCAAUCUCAUCAUCUGUCUCAUCUAUCAUCUCUUGGAUAAACUCUCCAUCGCCGCCUUUGACAUCAUUAUCACCUUGGAACACGACAACCACAACAAAAUCAGCAUAUAGAAAAAUGAAGACGACAAUUUUCUGGUUGGCGUCAAUCACGUGUCUGCCAAGUUCAGCAUGGGCCCUAUCAUUGUACAUGGGAACAGGCAAUACGUUUGGUCGAACCUUUCGCAUAUCGACGUUUGGAGAGUCUCAUGGAGGUGGUGUGGGAGUCACGGUGGAUGGUUGUCCACCCCGUAUUCCGUUGACACGAGAAGAAAUUCAAAAAGAUUUGGAUCGUCGUCGACCAGGACAAUCCAGAAUCACCACUCCACGCAAUGAAGCCGAUGCGGUCGAAAUUCUGUCGGGCUUGUCCCCCGACGGCAUCACCAUUGGGACACCCAUUGGCAUGCUCGUGAGAAAUAAGGAUCAACGAUCCCAAGAUUACAUGGACAAUGACAUGAAAGUCGCCUACCGACCUUCCCAUGCCGAUGCCACCUACGAUGCCAAAUACGGUGUUCGCGCCAUUGCGGGUGGAGGACGUAGUUCGGCACGAGAAACCAUUGGACGCGUCGCGGCAGGAGCCAUUGCCCGCAAAAUUCUCAAACUCUACAAUAACAUUGAAAUUCUCGGAUAUGUCUCCAAGGUACAAGAUAUCGAAUGUCAAAAUGUCGACGAUGAUACCUUUACCAUGGAACAAGUAGAUGCCAACAUUGUUCGAUGUCCCGAUCCGGAAUCCGCCGAACGCAUGCUCGAACGCAUCGAUUCCAUUCGCAAAGACGGAAAUUCCAUUGGCGGGGUCGUCACAUGUGUCGCUCGCAACGUCCCAGCGGGGCUAGGAUCGCCCGUUUUUGACAAACUCGAAGCCGAUCUCGCGAAGGCGUGCAUGUCUAUUCCAGCCGCCAAGGGAUUCGAAUCGGGAUCGGGAUUUGCCGGGACGCUCCUCACGGGAAAGGAACACAAUGAUGAAUUCUACAUUGACCCCGAAACUGGGGCCACACGGACCAAAACCAAUCGAUCCGGUGGAAUUCAAGGUGGAAUCAGUAAUGGAGAAAAUGUUGUCAUUCGAGUCGCCUUCAAACCUACUUCGACCAUUGGAAAGGAACAGAACACGGUUACUCGAGAUGGAACCGAAGUUUCCUUGCGAGGCAAGGGUCGUCAUGACCCAUGCGUCCUCCCUCGGGCCAUUCCCAUGGUUGAAGCCAUGGUGGCCAUUACGCUUUUGGAUGCACUCAUGAUGCAACAAGCACAAUGUGAACUCUUUCCCAAUGAAGCAGAGGAUAUCAAUCCCAUGGGAACGUCGGUCGUGGGAAGAGCGGCACCCGCCGCAGCAACUGUUGGUGGACAUGCCGAAGCGCCCAAAGCAGUAGAUCAAAGAAUUGAUGAAGAGUAAUUAAAAAACGCAAAUGUAUCUU